UGGACACCGCCCACCGCCGGGGAGCUCCCGAAACUCGCCGCCCGCUGCUGGGACCACAGCCGAUCUCGGCGCAAGGGCGAGGCGUGGGAUUUUCCUGCUUCGUGCAGUAGCGCCCGCGAUCAAGCGGCUCCCGGAACUCAGAGGCGGGGCGCCCAGUUGAGGAGUCCAUAUACCCGGCACGCUGCGAGGGGCGCCCCAGACCAGGUGCACCCCAGAGCCAAAGCAUCCGGAACCAGGCGUACCCCCCGCCCCCACCUAGGAACACCACGAACUGGGAGGAUUCCCGCCCCCGACCCUCACUGGGAGGAAUCCCCGACGAGGAGCAUCUCUGAUUGGAGCAUCCCAGACCCGGGACACUCCGCGGGACAGAACAGCGCCCCACCUAGCACUGCGUACACGGAUCUGCGUCCCACCCACAGCCUCCGCGGCUGCCAGACGCCUUUUCUUUCCUCUUACUCUCUGUUCCUUUUUUUUUUUUUCUUUCUUUCUUUUCUCAACCUUCUCUAGUUGCCUUACAUCUUUAAUCACACUUGUGGCUCCUCUCGUUCCUUUCCUGUUUCCCAGUCCCAGUGCUAGGAAGGCAGCGCACCGGUUUCUCACCUGCUUCUGGAACCCCUGCCUCCGCCGUCGCGACCAGAGUGCUGGAGGGACGGCCGCCCCCGCCGCGGCCUCGCGGAACUCGGCUUUGAAGAGAAACCACUAGAAGCAGAAUCCUCAAGAUGCACCGUAUAGAGCUACUCUUGACAUUUCUGGUGUUCAUGUUUACAGGCACCUCAGAAACCUGUACUUUACGUUUUAACAUCACCGCAGUCAGAGGGGAGCCUUUCUAUCUGAAAUAUUGCUCAUCAGCACCUGAGCCCAAGAAUGAAACAGCUGCCGUAAAAUGGUACAAGAGUAGUGGAUCCCACGGGCUCAUUGAGCUAAACUCAAGCAGUUUUCCCAGAAUUUCUCUGCACGAUCAUGUUUUGGAGUUUUGGCCAGUGGAACUGGAGGACAGUGGAUCUUACUUUUUCCGUAUGGGAAAUAAUACACGUGAAUGGAAAUUAAAUGUCAUUGGAAAAAGUAAACACAGAUGUUUUGCUGAAAAACUACUAAUUAGUAAAUCUGUGGAAGUUCAGAAAUAUUUGCACGUCAAAUGUAUAAAUAUACACUAUCAAAAACUGGCCAACAGAACAUCACUGUAUAAGAACUGUCAGGAGAUAGAGAACAAUAAAAACGCAGUUUUACAGAAGAAUGCAGAGUUCGAAGAUCAAGGAUAUUACACUUGUGUGUAUUUCAUUCCUCAUAAUGGAAAACUAUUUCAUGUCACCAAAACCUACAAUAUAACAGUAGUUGGAGAUCGCAGCAAAAUAACUCCUGUUCUUCUUGGACCAAAGCUGAACUAUGUGAAGGUGGAAUUAGGAAAAGAUGUAGAACUCAACUGUUCUGCUUUGGCAAAUGAAAAGGAUGCUUUUUAUUGGAAUGUGUGGGAAGAAAAUGGGAAGGAACCUAAUGUACAUGAAGAGAACAUAACAAGAAUUAGGACUCCAGAUGGCAAAUUGUAUGUGUCAAGAAUAUUGAGAAUUGAGAAUAUUAAUGAAAAAAAUCUAAACUUUUCAUAUAAUUGUUCUGUGGCCAGCGAGGGAGGCACAGACAUUAUAAGCUUUGUCUUGUUGAAAAAAGAAGAUAUGGUUGACAUCCCAGGCUACGUCUUCACCAGAGGAAUGAUCAUAGCUGUUCUGAUCUCAGUGGUGGUUGUGUGCCUAGUAAUAAUGGGCAUCAUUUAUAGAGUUGACCUGGCCCUAUUUUAUAGAAAUUUCAUGGGAAAAGAUGAAACAUUAACAGAUGGAAAAACAUACGAUGCUUUUGUGUCUUACCUGAAAGAAUAUGGACCCGAGAAUGGAGAGGAGCACACCUUUGCUGUGAAGAUUCUGCCCGAGGUGUUGGAGAAACACUUUGGGUAUAAAUUAUGCAUAUUUGAAAGGGAUGUGGUACCUGGAGGAGCUGUUGUUGACGAAAUCCACUCAUUGAUAGAAAAAAGUCGAAGACUGAUCAUUGUCCUAAGUAAAAGCUACAUGUCUAAUGAAGUCAGGUACGAGCUUGAAAGCGGACUCCAUGAAGCGCUGGUAGAAAGGAAAAUUAAAGUCAUCUUAAUUGAGUUUACACCUGUGGGAGACUUCAUGUUCUUCCCCCAGUCACUACAGCUUUUGAAAUCCCACCAAGUUCUGAAGUGGAAUGCUGAUAAACCUCCAUCGUAUAACUCAAGGUUCUGGAAAAAUCUUCUUUAUCUGAUGCCUGCAAAAACGGUCAAGCCCUAUGGAGCUGAAUCUGAAGUCCUACCUGUUCUUUCACGGUCCUGAGCUUUAGGAAAGCUGAACAUUAGAAAGAACUGUUGACGCUCUGGGCCCGGAGUGGAUGGGCCUGUUUUUAACAAAGACACUGUUAAAAAUAUUUACCUCUCUGAAAAUCCUUCUUACGGUUCGAAGAGGACAGUCGUCAUUAGGUUGCCAGGGAUAAGACUGAA